CCAGUUGUUUCCACACUUGCACAAAGGAGCCGAGGAGAUGAGCGCAUAAAAAGACGACCAAGUCAGUUUGAGGAGAGCGAGUUCUGGAUAAAAAGUUUGAGGACUUCCCCUGAUAUCACGACCAGCGAACAUGGUGUCGGCCGGGCUGGAGAUCCUGGGACUGGCGUUGUGCGUCAUCGGCUCCCUGCUGGUGAUGGUGGCGUGCGGGCUGCCCAUGUGGAAGGUGACCGCCUUCAUCGAGGCCAACAUCGUAGUGGCUCAGACCAUCUGGGACGGCCUGUGGAUGUCGUGCGUGGUGCAGAGCACGGGCCAGAUGCAGUGCAAGGUGCACGACUCGGUGCUCUCCCUCAGCCACGACCUGCAGGCGGCGCGGGCGCUCUGCAUCAUCUCCUCCAUGAUGGGCGUGCUGGGGCUCAUGGUGGUGAUCGCCGGGGCGCAGUGCACCAACUGCAUCCGGAACGAGUACGUGAAGGCGCGGGUGGUGAACGCCGGAGGGGUGAUCUACAUCGUCAGCGGCCUCUCCGUGCUGGUGCCCCUCUGCUGGAUGGCCAACAGCAUCAUCUCGGACUUCUACAACCCGCAGGUGCCCGCCUCCAAGAAGAGGGAGAUCGGCGCCGCGCUCUACAUCGGCUGGGCGGCCACCGCGCUGCUGCUGAUCGGCGGCACCAUGCUGUGCUGCUCCUGCCCGUCCGGCGGGAACUCCGGGUACUCGGUGAAAUACGCACCGACCAAGCGAGCCACGCCGAACGGGGAGUAUGAUAAACGGAAUUAUGUCUGAUCCCCCCCCCCUUCUAACCACAACACCAAACUUUUUUUCUCUUCUUCAAUAUUGGACAUUUUCUAUCUUCGGGACAUUUUUUUUUUUUUGGACACAUCACAGACAAAAAAAAAGGAGUAUCUCUGUUAGGUACACGCUUUUUGUAAGUUGAAAUAUUUUUUAUGAUCAGUUUUUAAAGGACCUUUCACUUUUGACUUACUGUACAGCAGUGUCUUUUACGGAGCCCCUAAAGCAGGGGUGUCCAAACUUUUUCCACUGAGGGGCCGCACACUGAAAAAUCAAAGCAAGCGGGGGGAGGACGGGCCAUUUUGAUAUUUUUUAUUUCAAAAACCAAUACAAUAUAUGUAUAACACAUAUACGUUUAGGCCUCCACUCAGGCUUGAUCCCGGGGACCCCAAAGGGUUUUGGUCCAAAAAAUAUGAAAAAUGUGUCAUUAUUCAGUGUUAUUAUUUUUAUUAUUUUUCAAGUUUUAAAUCUCGAGAUCAGGGAUGUCCAAACUUUUUCCACUGAGGGGCCGCGCACACUGAAAAAUCAAAGCAAGCGGGGGAGGAGGGGCCAUUUACAAUAUAUGUAUAAAAAAUAUACAUUUAGACCUCCACUCAGGCUUGAUCCCGGGGACCCCAAGGGGUUUUGGUCAAAAAAAAAAAAAAAAAGUGUCAUUAUUCAGUAUUAUUAUUACUCAAGUUUUAAAUCUCUAGAUCAGGGGUGUCCAAACUUUUUCCACUGAGGGGCCCCAUACUGAAAAAUCAAAACAAGCGGGGGGGCUAUUUUGAUAUUUUUUAUUUUAAAAACCAAUACAAUAUAUGUAUAAAAAAUAUACAUUUAGGCCUCCAUUUGGGCUUGAUCCCGGGGACCCCAAGGGGUUUUGGUAAAAAAAAACUAAUAAAAAAAUGUGUCAUUAUUCAGUAUCCAUCCAUCCAUUUUCUACCGCUUGUCACUUUCGGGAUUGUGGGGGGUGCUGGAGCCUAUCUCAGCUUCAUUCGGGCGGUAGGCGGGGUACACCCCGGACAAGUCGCCACCUCAUUGCAUUAUUUUUAUUAUUAUUCAAGUUUAAAAUCUCUAGAUCAUGGGUGUCCAAACUUUUUCCACUGAGGGGCCACACACUGAAAAAUCAAAGCAAGCGGGGGGGGGGGCAUUUUGAUAUUUUUUAUUUUAAAAACCAAUACAAUAUAUGUAUAAAAAAUAUACAUUUAGGCCUCCACUCAGGAUUGAUCCCGGGGACCCCAAAGGAUUUUGAUCAAAAAAAUAUUUAAAAUGUGUCAUUAUUCAGUAUUCUUAUUUUUAUUAUUAUUCAAAUUUUAAAUCCCUAGAUCAACUUAGGUCUAUCUGUCAAUAUAACGUUUUUAAAGAUUUAAGUUGUAUGCUCUUUUUGUCAAAGAAAACCUUGUUUUUUAAUGAAAACCCCCCAACAAAAUAUGCAAUAUUUUCACCCAAUACAAUUUUUAAGUGGAAUAUUUGAGAUUAUAUAAUAAUUGGAGCCUUAAAAAGGUCAAUAACUCAUAACACCAUUGAUUUUAAUUCAUUGUUAUUUUUUGAGCAAUGACACUUAAAAACAAAUCACACUAAAAUUAUUGGGAUCCAAAAGGUUCCUACUCAUUAAAGUGUUAAAAAAUAAAUUAUAUAUUUUUUUUACUGUUUACUUUUAACACAAUAAUCUCGAGAUCAACUUCAGAUCCAGCCGUUAAUUAUACGUUUUAUUGUUGUUUUUGUUUUUUGUUUGUUCGUUUUAGGCCCUUCUUUAAAAAAACAUUUUCCCCAAAAAAUAUCUCAAAGUGGAAUAUUUAAUGUGAUGUAAUUGGAGCCUUGAAUAGGUCAAUAAUUCAUAAUGAUUUUGAUUCAUUAUUAUUUUUUAACCUCUAAAGGCUUUUUGUGUUAUUAGAGUAAACAUUGUGUUAUUAGAGUAAACAUUGCAACAUUUUCCUGUUACAUUUCCCCUGUUUGCUCUUUUAUACCACUUGUUUGUUUUGUUUUUUAUCGCAUUUUUAGAAUGUGCCGUGGGGCCGCUAAAGAAUUACCUGCGGGCUGCAAAUGGCCCCCGGGCCGCACUUUGGAUACCCCUGCACUAAAGGGACAUGGAUGUUUUGCAAGAUCUCGAAAUACUUUUGCGAGAUCUCGCAAUACUUUUUGCGGGAUCUCGCAAAACCUUUUGCGAGAUCUCGCAAAAAGUAUUGCGAGAUCUCGCAAAACAUUUUUUUCCCUCCAUGUCCCUUUAGGGGCUCCGUAGUUUUUCAACCUUUUUUUGAGCCAAGGCACAUUUUUUUUUAUUGAAAAAAAUCCUGAGGCACACCACCAGCAGAAAUCAUUAAAAAACGAAACUCAGUAGCCGAUAUUGACACUCAAAAAAAAGUGGUAACACUUUAGUAUGGGGAAUAUAUUCACCAUUAAUUAGUUUCUUAUUAACAUGCAAAUUAGUAACAUAUUGGCUCUUAAUUAGUCAUUAUUAAGUACUUAUUAAUGCCUUAUUCUGCAUGGCCUUAUUAUACAACAAGUAAGCCAAUAACUAAGAGUCUUCCCUCAAUAACCUCAGAAUUAUUGCUUAUUAUUGGUGGGAAUUGGGGGUUAAAUCACCAAAAAUGAUUCCCGGGCGCGGCCACCGCUGCUGCUCACUGCACCCCUCACCUCCCAGGGGGUGAUCAAGGGUGAUGGGUCAAAUGCAGAGAAUAAUUUCGCCACACCUCGUGUGUGUGUGUGUGACAAUCAUUGGUCCUUUAACUUUAACUUUUAGUAACCCUAGCCCUAACCCUAGCCCUAACCCUAACCCUUAUAUGUUCCCUUUGUGUUCAAAUAACUUUAAAUUAAGUCUUUAUUACUUAGAAUAUGUUCCCCAUACUAAAGGGUUACCAAAAAAGUUGCUCUCGCAAUUGUUGGAUAUUAAUUUAAACCAUAACCAAGCAACACUGUAAACCCGAAUGCUCCAAAUAAUUAAUUAGAAUGAGUAGUGUAAACUUUAAAAAGUUGUUAAAUGUUGUACUUACUUAAAAAUGUUGAGUGUCAGUAACAUUUUCCUUCUUUUUAAGUUUAUUAAACUUGUUAUUUUUAACUAAUAUUAACUUGUUUGCAGAUUAUGUAACUGCUACUUAAAGUAAUUAACUCACAGUUACUUAAAACUCAGUGGAUUAAACAUAAAGUCGUCUUAUUUUGAAAGAACAAAUCAUUAAAUCGAAUAAAGAACAAAUUAAGAAUGAAUCAAUCACAUUAUAGAUUUGUAUUGUAAUUAUACUCUGUGUGUAUAUAUAUAAAUUAUUACAUGCACGCGCAACCACAAGAGGAAGUGCUUUUAUUUUGUAGCAUUUGCGUGCACUUCCUCUUCAGGCAGCAGACACAAGGAGGAACAUUUUUGAGUUGGCUUAAUUGGUAAGUUUAAUUCAAUUAUAAUUUAAAAGUACAUUUAACAUAAACUCCAAAUAUUUACGAUGUGAUAUACUCAAAUAUUUGAGUUUAUGAACUCAAAAAAUAUGUGGCAACUGAUUGCCUCACUUUUUUUUUGAGAUUCUGCUUACUUAUUCGGGUUUACAGUGCAUCACUAUAGCUCUUGUCUCAAAGUAGGUGUACUGUCACGACCUGUCACAUCACGAUGUGACUUAUUUUGAGGUUUUUUUUUUGUAUUUUCCUGUGUGUAGUGUUUUAGUCCUUGUCUUGCGCUCCUAUUUUGGUGUUUUUUCCUGUUUUGUUGGUAUUUUCUUUUUGCAGUUUCAUGUCUUCCUUGAGCGCUAUUUUCCACACCUGCUUUGUUUUCGCAAUCAAGACUAUUUAAGUUGUGCGGACGCCAUCCUUCUUUGCGGGGACAUUGUUAUUGUCAUGUCAUGUUAGGGUGUACUUUGUGGACGCCGUCUGCUCCACACACUGUAAGUCUUUGCUGUCGUCCAGCAUUCUGUUUUUGUUUACUUUGCAGUCACUUCAGUUUUAGUUUUGUUCUGCAUAGCCAUGCCUAAGCUUCAAUGCCUUUUCUUAGCGGCACUCGCCUUUUGUUUAUUUUUGGUUUGAGCGUAAAAUACCUUUUUACCUGCACACUGCCUCCCGCUGCAGACGACACAACAAACAUCUACAAAACAAUUAUCUACCUGCUGCCACCUACUGAUAUGGAAAAGUAUUACAUGGUUACACUGCCGAGCUCUAGACAAUGCAGACACUCAACAACGGCACAUUUGCGGAUUAUAAUUACUGGUUUGCAAAACAUGUUUUUAACCCAAUUAGGUGAAAUUACAUAAUCUCCCACGGCACACCAGAUUGUAUCCCGCGGCAACACAGUGGUUGAAAAACACUGCUGUACAGUACUGUUGCUUUGCCUCCGAUGAAAAGAUUGCACUCCUCCAUAACGGUAAUGGGGACAUACACACCUGUCUAUAAUACACUUUUGUAUAUUUUCAUGUGCUGGAAUUAUAACGGCAUUCCAUGUCUAAUUCCGGACCCAACCGGGAUGUUUAUGCCCAUUACUGCAAGCACCUGCUGGCUACAAGAUGGCGACAGGAAGUCUUGUUUCAUUUGGUUCAGUUCCUGGAAUUGUUUUCUUGUCUUGUUGUUUAAUGUAGUGACUCAACUUUCAUGUAUAAGAAGAUGCAAUAUUGUUUCCUUUUUGUUUUUUUUAUUAUUAUUGAGAUUAAACACACUAUAUUGUCUGGA